AUAAACCUCUGUGAAGACAAAAAUUCUGCAGGUGAGACAAGAUGGAGAUUGGAUUCGUGAUAUUUUUACUCAGCUCUACUCUUCUGGGGCACAGCUCCGGAUUCACAACAUUUUAUGUGCCGGAAACAGCAACCUCAGACACAGCUCAUUAUUCCUGCCGGUAUAACUGUGGCUACAAUCUCGGUGCGUGUUCCUGCGCCAGCUACUGUCAGUACUACGGAAACUGCUGUCAUGAUUAUUAUGAUUACUGCGGCACCACACCUACUCCUGAAACAACAGAAACAGUAACAGCUCAUUAUUCCUGCCGGUAUAACUGCGGUUACAAUCUCGGUGCGUGUUCCUGCGCCAGCUACUGUCAGUACUACGGAAACUGCUGUCAUGAUUAUUACGAUUACUGCGGCACCACACCUACUCCUGAAACAACAGAAGCACCAACAACAGCCACGACGACAGAAGAAACGCCAAUAAUAGACUAUAUUACCUGCAGGGAUCGUUGUGGUUAUGAUGGUGGUAUCUGUUCCUGCACCAGCUCCUGUCACUACGGUGGAUACUGUUGUGACGAUUAUUACUAUUAUUGUACCAACACAACUUCAACACCAACACCAACAACACCAGCUCCAUGUGGUGGAAAUCUGAUUCAGUCACAAGGGGAAUUUUUCAGCCCCAAUUAUCCCUAUAAUUAUCCCAAUAAUGCACGCUGCACAUGGACCCUGCUGGGUGGAGAACUGCAGGUGGUUUCGUUAACCUUCACGUCUGUCGAUUUGGAGUCAUGCUGUGACCAUAUCUACGUGUACGAUGGUCCGAAUACUCAGUAUACACUUUUGGGUUCUUUGACUGGAAAUCAGAGAGCUACAUUCAACUCCAGCAACAGCUACAUGACCGUCCUUUUCUCCACUGACGGCAGUGUGACUCGACAAGGUUUUCGGGCUGAAUGGACUUUCAAAUAUGCUCCAAUGUGUAAGGAUCGAUGUGGCUUUAGCAACAGCAGAUGCUCCUGUGAGAGUUCAUGUGAACAAUAUGGAAGAUGCUGUCAUGAUUAUUACGAUUAUUGUAACUACACGACAUCAGCUCCUGUACCAGCCUGUGGGGGCAGACUUUACGGCUCAGGCUCCAUCUCCAGCCCUUAUUACCCCAGUUAUUACCAUGACAACGCGCAGUGUGUGUGGCAGCUCUCGGCUCCGCCAGGACAGACCAUCUUCCUCUCGUUCCACGACUUUGAUCUGGAGCGCUGCUGCAACUGUGAUUAUGUGAGUGUGUAUGAUGGUCCAUCCACCUCGUCCCACUUGAUAGAAAAGCUCUGUCACAAUAACACGACCCACCUGGACUUCCAGUCGUCCUCGUCCUACAUGACUGUGCUGUUUAGGAGCGACUACUCUGGGGUUGGGCGUGGCUUUAAAGCCUACUUCAGCUCCUCCCUCAACUCAAACACAGGACAUGUGGAUUGCUCCUCUGACUGGAUGAACAUUGCCAUCCGUAAAUCAUACUUGGACUCUCUGGGCUUCAACUGGUAUGACCUUUACCUGGAUGACCAUCGCUGCAGAGCUUCAACUGACUACUACAAUGUCACCUUCAACUUCCCACUUCAUAGCUGCAGCACCAGGAGAAAGACGGAGAACGGACGUAUUAUUUACACCAAUAAUGUGCGAGCAGCUCAGUCAACAUCAGGAGAGAUCACGCGGCAUGAUACACACUUCCUGAUGCGUGUGAACUGUGUGAUGGAGCGUGAUUCUUCAGUCGGGACACUCUAUGAAGCCAAAGAGAUUUUAAAUGGAACCAUCACUGGAACGGGUCGAUUCAACACCACCAUGGCCUUUUACCCAUCCAGCAGCUUUUACUACCCCAUCACCGAAUCCCCCUACAGAGUAGACCUCAAUCAGCAACUGUACGUGCAGGUGCAGCUAACCCGAGCCGAACCAAGCCUCCACCUGUUCAUCGACUCCUGUGUGGCCUCUCCCAACCAUGAUUUCAGCAUUCGCACCUAUGACCUUAUACGCAAUGGAUGUAAGAGAGACAGCACAGUAACCAUAUACAGAAAUGGAGAUCGUUACUUUGCUCAGUUCAGCUUCCGUGCAUUCAAGUUCCUGCGCACACACAACCAGGUGUUCCUCAGGUGUGACGUCAUUAUCUGCGCUGACAAUGACUACAACUCACGAUGUCGCCAAGGAUGCCGUUAUCGCAGGAAACGUAGCUUGAGCUCUGAUCACCACACUGCGGUUGUCACCCUUGGGCCAAUCACACAAAAAGAUCCAGAGGAGGCUGUAGCCAAGACAGAGGACAAGGAGUGAACUCACAGUGACAGAUUAAUUAAUCACUUAAAUAUAGUUAACUCUGAAUAAUUUUACUAAACUUUCUCUAAUAAAGCAUUCUCUAAAGGCAAA